UAGUUGCCCAAAGAGAAAACUACCUUAGGAAAAUUCGGCAAUAUAGAGCAGAAAAUAGAAAAAUUUAUUUCUCCGACGAGACGUGGGCUUCUCCCGAUAAUACGAGAAAAUAUUGCUGGGAAAUGCUGCUAACAAACCGUGAACGGCAAGAAAUGGACCAGUUUUGGAGUGGCAUGAUUUUGCAGGACAUGAAUAACUGGACAGGAGGAUUUCUGGUAAAAUCUGGAAACGGCAGAGUCAUCAUUAACCACAUAGGAUCCGAGGAUGGGUUUCUGACGGAUGGGGACGAUAUUUUUAUUUCAAAAAAGGACGUUAAAGAUUAUCACGGUAAUAUGGACCAUGUCAGAUAUUUGACGUGGUUUGAAAAGAUCCUGAGUCUCGUGCCACCAAAAUCGGUCUUAGUUCUAGAUCAGGCUCCCUACCACCGCAAAAGGGUUGAAGGAACGCUAAUGCCGAACAUGGCCUGGCUGAAGCAGAAAAUUGUUGAUUGGGUUGUUCAACAUGACAUUCGUCUGCCCGAAGGAGUUGAAAGUUUCCAUAAACUUACCAAAUCAUCACUAAUCGAACUGGCAAAAUCAAAACCCGUGAAACCCAAAUUUAUCGUGGAGAAACUUGCAGAAGAAAGCAACAAGGAUAUAAAAAUACUCUGGCUUCCACCUGCUCACUGCGAGUUUAACCCGAUUGAAUUAAUCUGGGCAAUUGUCAAGGGCUAUAUCGCUAAACAUAAUCCAGGCAAUAAUUUGAACGGAAUAUAUGAAUUGUCGAAGAAAGCGGUAUCAAAUAUAACACCUGAAAUGUGGAGGAAUUGCGUCCAUCAUUCUAUAAAAUAUGAAGACAAAAUGUGGGAAAGGGAUAGAUUGAUGGACAAUUUCUUAGAUUCACCUGCAACGAACUUGAUGACGCCCAUAAUUAUUCCUAUUCGUGAAGAUGACUCAUCAGACUCAGAAUAUCAUACUGAAUCUGAUGAUUUGGAAAGCGAGGACGGGGACUUAGAAUUUUUCGAUAGCUAAUUUCAAUAUGUGAAGGAAGAUACGAAACAGUUGCAAAUCGUGGCCAAUUAUCAUUCUUACAGUGCUACUUCCUUUCGCAUCACUCUCUGGGAAGGCGAUGGUGGUCAAUUAUAGUUGACAGUAAUGUCAUUUAGUUAAAUAAGUUUAAUGAUUAAAUUUUGCUGGACACGUGCAAUUUGCUUCCAUGGUGGUGCUCAUGAUCUGAAAAAGUCUUAGGUAACUAAUUAAAGUAUAAUAUGAACAUAUCGUGUUUUGAUUUCUAAAUAUUUAAUCCCUGAUGAUGACACGAGUGCAGUAUCGAAAACUUGGGAAAUAAAUUCAAUUUCUUCCUUCAA